AUGUCCAACGAAGUCAACGCCGAGAUGAAGGAUGAAGAACCUGGCCUCGUCGUCCGUACCCUCACACCGCCCUCUUGGACAAACGAUUCUGAUGCAGAUGCUCUUUUCCUCAACGAGGAUGGCCACGUCGACUUCGCACCGGAAGAUCUCGACAACCCCAAAAAUUGGUCUCCAGCCCGCCGCUGGUACAUCGUAAUCGCUGCUCUGAUACUGGCCCUCAAUGCGACUUAUGCUUCGUCGAGCCCGACGGGAUGUUUUGAGAGUAUUGCCGAAGACCUGCACGUCUCGGUGGAGGCGGCUGGACUGGUCAUCACACUCUUCUUGCUGGGAUACUGUUUUGGCCCGCUGUUCUGGGGCCCGCUGAGCGAGUUCUAUGGCCGACGCGUGGUCUUCCUGAUCACUUUCACGCUAUAUUUGGCAUUUGGCUUCUUGUGCGCUUUCACUCCCAAUUUUGCAGGUUUGCUCGUCGGUCGCUUCUUGACCGGGUCUCUGGUCAGCAGUACAUUGUCCAAUUCACCUGCGGUGAUGGCUGAUCUUCUGAAUGCGGACGAGCGUGGCAUCGGCUUGGCUCUUUUUGCCGUGAUCACCCUUGCGGGACCUGCUCUUGGGCCGAUCGUCUCAGGGUUUCUUCAGCUGAAACUGGACUGGCGAUGGAGCUUCUACGUCCUCCUCUGGCUUGCUGGGGGUUCUUUUCCUUUCUUGCUCUCGCUCCCGGAGACUCAUCCGCCAACCAUACUUCUGCACAAAGCACGUCGUGCAAGGCGGGAGAAUCCAAGGUAUGAGCACGUCAUGACAGCCGCAGAGGCGAGGGGACGUUCGCUCCGGUCUAUCUUGAGAGUCGCCCUCACAAGACCUUGGACGAUCUUCUUCGACCUGAUCUCUUUCCUCUUCGCCAUCUACUCGACUGUAGCUUAUACGUUGCUGUAUAUGCUAUUCGAGAUCUUUCCUGUGGUCUUUCAACAGAAGCGAGGCUGGAACAGUGGGGUGGGCGAGCUCCCUCUACUCAGCGUCAUCAUUGGCGGCUGCAUGGGAGGGACUGUCGUCUGCUUUCAAGCACUCCGGGAAAGGAAAAAAACGCUCACCGGUUGGAAACGCGUCCCUGAGGACCGAUUGCCAGUCAUGAUCGUUGCCGGUUUCCUGUUCCCCAUCUCCAUGUUCUGGUUUGCCUGGUCUGGGGAGUAUAAUGGAGUACCUUGGAUCGUCGUCACUCUUGCGGCCACGUCGCUUGUGUUUUCGUUAACGAUGAUAAUGGUUUCGUGUCUUUCCUAUCUGGUUGACUGCUACCUCAUGUAUGCAGCUAGUGCAAUGGCAGUCAACACGGUCUGUCGGUCUGCUGGUGGUGCCGCAUCGCCUCUCUUCACACAAUACAUGUACAACAGACUUGGAGUUGGCGGUGGCGGUUCUCUCGUUGGCGGCAUAGCCAUCUUACUCGCUGUCGUUCCUGUAAUGUUCUACAAGUAUGGCGAUCGUAUCCGGAAGCGUUCAAAAUUUUCACCCACCGGAGAGAGGAAAUAG